UCAGUGUAGGUGUAACACACUCACUGUGCUUCUCUCUCUCUCUCUCUCUCUCUCUCUCUCCGUGCUGUUAUUAAACUCCAAGCUGAAACAUGGCAAGGAUUCUGAUCUUCUUCUGUGUUUUUGCACUAAACUCUAACAAAGCACACGCUUACUGGAUGACAACAAAAGCACCAACACUUCCACCAGUAACUACAGAACCAACAUGGGAAACCAAGAAUCUUGGUGGAUGGAUGUUCAGCAUAAUGCCCAAUUCUGUUGUCAGAUUCCGCUCAGCUGCUCUCUCUAACGUCACUGGAAUCACACUUUGUUUGAGAGCUUUGACAGAGAAAAAUGGUUUCAGUGAUAAUACACUUCUGCUCACGUUUGGGGAAAAUGCUGCAGUUUGCAUAAGAGAUUAUUCAGUUUAUUAUCAGCUACAGGUAGCUGGUUCCUUCACGAACUUUUACAUACGCUCCAUGGUACCGGUUCAGACGAGUGCCUCUCUGUGGAGGAGCCGCUGUUUGACUUGGGACUCCAGCAGCGGAAUGGCACAACUAUGGACUGAUGGCAUGAUGAGCAUUCGCAAAGGACUCAGCAGAGGAACGGUGUUUUCUGGCAAGGCUGAAUUAAUAUUUCAGAUUGAGGGUCAGGUAUCCAAUAUCUACAUGUGGGAUUCGGUGCUCAGUAUCCGGCAGCUCCACAAGUACUUGUAUCACCACUCCGUCCCAUCUCAAGGCAGCGUCCUGGACUGGACACAGAUGGAGUUCAGUGCUAGCGGCUAUGUGGUGCUAGAACCUGCUUAUCCCAAGCGGCUUCAUGCUGGUCCUGCUAAACGCAACAAGAAGAAAAGGAUGAAGACUCUGAAGAAACGGCUGAGACAGGAAGUUUAACCCUGAGCGUACUGAGUGUACUUAGCAACGCUAUGUCCCAUUUAUAUACAUUUUUAAACGUCUUCUCUUCAUCUUACUGUAAGUGAUAUUAAACCCUUUACUUACAUAGCCUUCUGAUACAGCUUCUUUUUCAAAAUGGCAGUUGGAGAUGCUAAUCUGUGCAAAAAAGAGCAGUAAAACACUUCAUAUUUUGAAAAUAAAAUGUUCAGUUCGG